UGCUUUCUCUCAUCGUUUCAACAUGUUUAAAGUGUUGUUGAAAGAGCAUCUGAUUGAGCAGAGACUUCCUGAGCAAUGGAUCUAAAUCAUCUUAAAUUGGUCCAAAUCAUUUUCUUUAUGCUGGCAGUGUUCACCAUCAACACUACUGGUCAAAUUUGCUCAGCACCAAUCGCAGUGAAUUUUCCGGAAAACAACAAUAUUAAUGCUACAGUUGCCACAAUAAGAAUUGACGAAGGAGUCCGACUUAGUAUUACAGCAAAUCCUGAUAAUGCCUUCGGAAUAAAUGGCAAUUUGCUCGUGGCAAAGAAAAUACUUGACUAUGAGAGCCUGCCUGAGGGUGGUGGCCUAAGUGUUAGCAUACUGUGUGAGAAGGAUGGGGCAAGUCAGCUAAGCAUACGGGUAUUUGUGAAUGUGGAAAAUAUCAAUGACAACGCUCCAUUUUUUAGCCAGAAUCCAUUUUUUCUGCAAGUUGCUGAGCUAACGAAAAUCAAUACAUCUGUGGACAAAAUUGAGGCUACAGACCUCGAUGGAGAUCGGCUGUAUUACAGUUUAAUAGCUCCAUUGGACGAAUUUGGGCUGCAGGCAGACAGUAACCCAAUAAUUCUGGUGAAGAAGGUUUUGGAUUAUGAUACUGUUAAAGAAGUCACUCUUGUACUCUUUGCUCAGGACACGCCCCUAUCUUCAACAUUGACACCUUCACAUACGGCCUCUACCACUGUUGUUGUCACUAUCGUAGACAUCAAUAAUCGACCCCCAUGGUUCCAGCCCUGCAUAGAGGCCACUGUUGGUAUAACCAAAAUCUGUGUUACCUCCGGAUACACAGGGAAUGUCAAUUUAAAUGAACAAAUGGCUGGUGCACUGACCCUGAAUCCUGGUCCACUGCAUGCUAUUGAUGGAGACAAAGGAAGGAAUGACCCAAUCAGAUACACAAUUAUUGGAGGAAAUGUGAAUGAAACAUUCGUUAUUGAUCAAAACAGUGGGAAUAUUACAAUGCAGAAGCCAGUGGGUGUAGCAGGGUCCAUCAUACUGACAGUCAUGGCAUAUGAGUUGGAGAACCCUGACCAGUUUGCCACCACAACUGUCGCACUUCAAGUAGUGAUAAGUAGCAAGCACCCACCGCAGUUCGUCAAGCCUGAAUAUGUGGGCUUCAUCUCAGAGGACGCAGGAAUCGGCAGCCUAGUGCUAGAAAGCAAGUCCAGUAAAAUACCUUUACAGGUUCGGGCCACAGAUGCAGACUUCUCGGAUGGAGUAAACCCUGAAAUUAAAUUCGAGGUUCCUGCAGGCAGUGACUUUAGAAUCACUCCAGAGGGCUUCAUAAUCAUGACAAGAGUUGCUUCUCCUGGCAAAGUGGACUUGCAAAUAAGAGUAGUUGAUGCAACAAAUGGUGAAUCGAGCACAGCCAAUCUUUCUGUAGAAGUCACUCCAGGCGUCACCACUACGGAAAUGCCCACAACCGAUAGUCCUACUACCACUGCCAUUACAACAACACUGGCCACAAGCACUGCCCUAACCAAUAAUAUAAGUACUGAUGCCUCCACUGCCAUUACUACAACCCUUGCUAUAAGUACUGCCAUAAACGAUAACACAAGUACGGAUACCAUAGUCACAGUUACGGAAAUCACCUCCAGACCACACACGGAUACUACACACCCUGAUACUACUCGCAGUUCUUACACAGACGGUUUGCCUUUGCCAUCAGGUGAUUUUAGGACAGAGGACAUGAUAGCACUGGGGGUGAGUCUGGCUAUAGCGCUGCUGCUCUGCUUUGUGGUUAUUGGUUUUCUGGCCUACAACCUCAGACGCUACACUGUAGACUGGAAGAAGCUGUCAGAGGUCAGCAUCUUCCGCAGUUCGCUGAGUGGAGGUUCAGGUGGGCCUAAAAAUGGAGUGGAGUACACCAAUGAGGGCUUUCAUGGUGAUGAAGACACGGACAGCAUGAAGUCGAAGCAGGAGGCAAAGUUGGCCAUGCCACGAAGCUCGGAGCAGAACCGCAGCGUUCCGGAGGUACUGGGGACGCAGCACAGCGCUUCAGCCCUGCAGAGCAAAAACGCCGAUGAUAACUCGCUUUCCAUAGACUCCAACAGCCAAAAUGCCUCAGACAAUACAGAUAAUGAGAAAGAGGUGAAACCCAUUCUCACCAAGGAGCGGCGCAUGGAAGAAGGCUACAAAGCCGUGUGGUUUAAGGAAGAUAUUGACCCGAAUGACAAGGAGGAAGUGGUCAUUUCUGACAGAGACCAAGACAUCGACCAUGAUGAUGAUUAUCAUGAUGAUGAUGAUGAUUCUAUGGAGGAGGAGGAGCAAGAGGAAGAAGAUGACGAGGAAGAUGCUAAGUUUGCUGUAUUAUAGCAGGCUGUUUGUGCGGCUGGUUUUAAAUAUCAGUUAUAUUUUGAUACAAUUAGAUUUUAUUAAUAUAGUUUUUACUUUUUGUAGCAUGUCCCCCACUCGAUCAUUAUUUCCAAUUUAAUAUAAAAGCAUAUUUUGCAUAGUACAAUAUGUAUACUACUACAUUGAGAUUAUAGUUUUAGAAAAUAUGAACUGGUUAAUAACGCAGAGAGUUUGAGAUGGAAAUACUAUAUGAUAAUAAAUGUUUCGAUUAUGACUUACUGAACUCUGUACUUAUGUAACGCACAAAUAUUUGCCUUAACAACCUUCCAAUGUGUUUCCUUUUUUAUAUGAGAAGGUACACUGACGUGUAAUCCAGUUAAAAUACAUUCCUUAUCUCCAAGAAAGUGACCUUUACUCAUUUUGCCUGGGAAACACGAGCUUUUAUGACCUUUUAUUUCGCAUUGAGAUUAUUUCAUGCGGGAACUUAUGUCGAAAUAUUCGUAAGAAUGUAAUAUGUGAUAAUAAAUAUGUGACAGUUUUCCAAGCACAUCUGUUUUAAGCCGAUGUGAAAACCUCACACUGCCUGAGACCCCAUCCAGUGUAUUGAUGUAUCAUAAUAAUGAGUCAGAUGAUAAGUGAAAAUUCAAUUAGUUACAUUUAUAAACAGCAGUAAAUGAAAAAGGAAAUUAUUCCUUAGGCAGAACAGUAUGCAGUUUGAAUGCCACAGUGAACACAUUAUUGUAUAAGACUAUAUAUUAAAAAUGUUUAAAAAAAAAAAAAAAAGUAAGUAAAAACAAUAACUCAAAUAACUCAAUCUAAUAAACAGGACAUUUUAAAUGGUUGCCUUAAUAACAAAUGAUGUUUGUUACAAAUAGAUUCCUAUUAAUAAAGUAUUGCUACACGCUCAA